AUGACAUCAUAUUACCAUUAUUCUCAGUUUCAUAUUUAUAACUGGCAACCCCCAUGGCUGUGUGGCCCCUCCCUCCACCUGCACAGACUCUGCUCCAGACAAAACUUUAGCUCCACUCAGCUCUGGCAGCACCCACAGCUCUGUCCCACUGCUCCACUGAGGAAGAACAUCCAUGUGUCAUCAGAACAUGUCAAGAUUCCAAGAUGGAAAAAUCAAGAGUGCUCGUGGCUGACUUAA